GAGACUGAAUACCAUCUCUCUCUCAUCUUUCUCACUGUGGAGGAAAAACAGAUGCAGAAUCCAGAGAAGGGAAAGCCGAUCACAGACCAAGUUGUAUUGGUCAUGGACCAGCAAAAUCCAAAACCCAAACAGUCUCUAGAAACAGCGCUCGACGACCCAAAUGCCGGAGAAGAAAAAACACUCCACAGCGUUAACAAUCCAGCAACUACACGGACCCUCCGUCGCCUCAACUUCUACAAGCCUAAAUCUCGUUUCGUCGAAAUCAACUACCCACCUGGCCUCAAAACCAUCCCCGAUUCUGAAUUAGUCGAACCUCUUGAUCCCAAGGAAGACUCCCCAUCAACCACCGACGACAGCGACGACGAAGACGAUUUCUGGGAGGAUGAGCACGAGGAAGAAGUACCCGAGAAGUACCGGAAGAAGAAGAAGAAGAAAGGUUGCAGAGCUGUAAUCGAAUGGGGCUCCUUCAUUAUCAUAAUCACCUGCUUGAUCACGUCCCUUACCGCAAAACAUCUCAAGAAUCAAGUGAUAUGGGGUCUCCAGAUUUGGGAAUGGUGCUUGAUGGUCAUGGUCAUCUUCUGCGGCCGUCUCGUAUCGGGCUGGCUCGUGGGUUUUCUCGUCUUCGUCAUUGAGCGCAAUUUCAUGCUCAGAGAGAAGGUGCUCUACUUCGYUUACGGCCUCCGUAAGAGCGUCCAGAACUGUGUCUGGCUAGGUCUGGUUCUGUUGGCCUGGACACUCAUGUUCGACUUGAACCCAGAAGUCCACAAAGACAAGAAGACCCUGGCAAAGGUAUUCCGAGCCCUCGUCGCCUUCCUCAUAGGCGCCACCAUCUGGCUCAUCAAGAUAAUCCUUGUCAAGAUGUUGGCAUCGUCGUUCCAUGUGACCACAUUCUUCGACCGGAUGAAAGAGAGCGUAUUCCACCACUACGUUCUGGAAGCGCUCUCGGGUCCGCCACUUGACGAUGUGGAUAGGGUGCCCUCGCAUCGCCGGAACCUGAAGCCAUCGAAGUCCUUGCCGGCGAGGUUCAGGGACGCGAAGAGGUUGUCGAAGAAGUUUGGAUCAAGAAAAAUAGACAUGGAAAAGCUGAAGAAGCUGAGUAUGGAGAGCACACCCUCUGCUUGGAGCAUUAAGAGGCUGGUGACCUUCAUUCGAUCGACGGGUCUGUCGACGAUAUCGAGGACCGUCGAUGAUUUCGCCAACGCAGAGUCGGAGAUCACAAGCGAAUGGGAGGCCCGGAGCAGUGCGCAGCGCAUCUUCAAGAACGUCGCUAAACCAGGAGCCAAGUAUAUUGAAGAGGAGGAUCUAAUGAGAUUCUUAAGAAGGGAGGAGAUUCAUACCAUAUUCCCUCUAUUUGAAGGAGCUCUCGAGACUGGACAGAUUCGGAAGUCUGCUUUCAGAAACUGGGUGGUACGAGCUUACGUUGAGAGGAAAGCUCUGGCACAUUCUCUUAAUGAUACAAAAACAGCAGUGCAGCAGCUUCACAAGCUAGCAAGUGCAAUUGUAAUUGUGAUCAUAAUUGUAGAGUCCCUUCUUGUCAUGGGGUUGGCUACAACAAAAGUCGUCUUUGUGGUCACAUCCCAGCUGCUACUGGUGGGGUUCAUGUUUCAGAAUACCUGCAAGACUAUCUUUGAGUCCAUCAUCUUUGUCUUUGUCAUGCACCCCUUUGAUGUGGGUGACCGUUGUGUCAUCGACGGCGUUCAGAUGAUUGUGGAAGAAAUGAACAUCUUGACAACAGUGUUCCUCCGAUAUGACAUGGAGAAAAUUUACUAUCCCAACUCUGUUCUACUUACAAAGCCAAUCAGCAAUUUCUACCGAAGUCCAGACAUGUCAGACUCUGUGGAUUUCACCAUCGAUGCAUCCACGUCUGUCGAGAAUGUAACUGCUCUUAAGAAGGCUAUACAAACAUACAUCGAGAGCAAGCCAAAGUAUUGGAGUCCCAAACACUCGGUUAUAGUGAAAGAGAUUGAGAACGUGCACAAGAUGAAGAUGUGUCUGUGUGUUAUGCACACCAUGAACCAUCAGAACUAUGGUGAAAGGAACAACCGGAGAUCAGAGCUUGUCUUUGAAUUGAAAAAGAUAUUUGACAACCUUGGAAUCAAGUAUCAUCUUCUCCCUCAGGAAGUCUAUCUAACUCAAGUCCACAUGGGGAAUGGCAGAAUACCGAUGCAAUCCUGAACUGAAUGGUUCUGCUAGAGUGUGGUUAUCUCCAUGAAUGCAAGGAAUAUCCACGGUCCUGAUCUUUUGAUGCUAAUCCGUCAUUUCCAUUUACAUGGAGUCAUGAUCCAUGGCUUUAGGAGUUUGGCAAUGCUUUUAGAUGGAAUAAUCCCAAAAUUUGGAACUUUGAUGGUUUUAUCAUAUAAAUAUAUAUGUUUUUUUUUCGGCCUUUUAGUAGUUAGUGAUAAUGCCACGGUUUUGUAUAUGAAAAACACAGUAUGGAUGCAAUCUGC